AUGAGGGGCUAUCGCCCGCUUUUUGGCCAUUUUCGAUGGACGGCGGCGCGGCGGAGGGUUGGCGCCACCUUGGCCGUCGUUUUCCUGUUGCUGCUGGUGUUUUUGGAGACGUGGACGGGCUGUGGCUAUGGUCUCUACAUGGGAUAUUAUCGAUUAUCCGUCACCGUUCAGCCGCCACCGAUUACGCCAGGUGUCCACCAUAUCCAACUUGUCGUCGUCGUGAAGAACGGGGACAUGACACAAUACGCCCUUGCUCAACAAACGAUGCGCUGCUACGCGCAAAUGCAUAAUUACACCCUGCAUACGAUCCGGCUCGACGAGGAGGCCGAGCUGGCAGCAAAAUGUGGACCUCAUCAAGAUUUCAUGUUCCUCCGACACUGUCUGCUCGCCUACAAAAUGGAGGAAUGGCCGACAGAUGAAUGGAUUCUUUUCCUCGACGCUGAUAUUGGGGUUGUCAACCCGGCGCACCGUGUCGAAGAGUACCUGCCCUCCUCGAACUCGACGUGGCUCCGUUUCUACAGCCGUAUCAUGAAUCAUGAGCUGAUGGCGGGUAGCUAUUUGAUUAGGAAUAAUGCAAAAGCGCGGAAAUUCCUCCGUUUUUGGGCCGACUACGAGAAGCGACUGCCGGCCAGCUUUCACGGGUCUGACAAUGGGGCGAUACAUGCGGUCAUUCCCGAAUGGUCCCAUCCGAAUCUCACCGAUCAGCGGGCCAACUGUCGUCAUCUUUGGGAAAUCUCGAGUGACUUCUCUACGCUCUCCGAUUUCACUGUGUGCUCCCGCGCCCUCAUGGCCAAAUAUCCGCCCCAGGGCAUCGACCUACUGCCAAAAGGGCGUCACAGCUGGUCCCGCGACGGCUGGCUCACCUCGAAUAUGUGGAGUGAAGUGGAUUUCAUGUUUCAUGGAUGGCAGUUAAGACGUCAGGGCCCUCGUGGAUUCGCCGCCUGGUAUCCACCAAUCGUUUCUGACGGAAGAGAAUGGCCACCGUGUACAGCCGCCACCGGCCAUCUUCACUGGCGAUACAAGGACACGUUUAUCAAAUCAAGGCUUCAGACGGAUCGCCUUAUUGAGAAGGUCAUCUCCUCCCAACACCAAGAAUACAACACCCGCCUCUCCCGCCUCACCCUUCAAAACUUUAUCGCCCCC